AUGGCUCCUCGAUCACGAAAUUUCUAUCAAAUCCUGUUUGAAACAAUUGUUUGGGCACUUGCAAAAGCGUUUGAUGCCGAGAACUACUUGUACAAUAAAAAGAUUGGCAUACGAGACAAAUCAAGGCUUGUGUGGGCCGUUAAUGUGCGACAUAUAGAUCCUAAAUAUGAGCAGAUACUUGAAAGAGUCAACAAUAUUGUCAAAAACAGGGAAACUGAAAAUAAAAAAAAUGGCGAAGAAUGCAACUUUGAUCGAACAAUAAAGAGUUUUUGCACUGACGAAGCUAUACGAAAAAGGACAAUGGCCUUAGGAAAGACCCAGGAAUCAGAAAAUGCGAGUGAGACAAGCUCUGUUUUUGAAGAUGGAAUGCUUCGCAACAACAAGAUCUCAGCCACCCUUAUUAAUUCAUUGACUGAACUGGAAAAAGACUACAUUUUUGCCCGUUACCAAAUAACGGAAAGAAGGAUCGACAAAUAUUACGGACAGAACCAUAGUAAGAAAUUCUCGGUGUUUUACAAGCCAAAGUAUUUCAAAGUCUUCAAAAUACUCAGCUUUGCUCUGUGUUUAGUUUCCACGUGCUUGAUCUUCAAUGUUCUAUUCAGAAUGUCUCUUCUUCUUUCGAGCCUUGUAACCUUAAACAAAAACAAGAUAAGACCUGUUGUAUUUGUAUACAAUUCCUGCCUAAUCCUAUCAACGGCUUCGUAUAUUUCUAAUGUUUUCACCAAAACAUACCAGCAAGUCUCCAAGUCGAUCAUCAACAAUUCUCUUUUGGUAAUUUAUACAAACGGCGUGUUCCCAUUUAUAGGUGCUAUUAUAUUUGUUAUUGUCAACGCAAGUCGCAAUGUGUUUGCUGAGUUCUCAAAUGCGUUUAUUUUCCUAAAUGCGCUUUCCACUGUUACAUCCACAUUCUUCGAGACGGUUUUCAUAUUCUCAUCAAUAAGCACAUAUUCCGCGCUGCACAUUCUACGCCAAAUAGCCUCCUUCCUUGGAUUGAAGCUGGCUGUUUUCUUCUGCUUUAUCGCUUAUACAAAAAUUAUUACAUUUACGUCCAUGUAUAUCCCCGUGAUUUUUACUGCAAUUGUUGUGAUACAGACGUUUAGGAUUGCAAGAGUGAUGCUGUCGGGUUCAUUGAUGGAGAACAUCAAAGACCACUUUUUCCUUGACAACACAACGGUGGUAAACUAUGAGCACAGUGAUAUUGAAUAA